AUGGCUUCCUACAUCGACUUGGCUGAAUACCUCUUCCGGAGGAUUCGCCAGGUUGGAAUCAAGUCAGUUCAUGGUGUUCCCGGAGACUACAACUUGACUGCUCUGGACUACAUUGAACCAGCCGGCCUGGAUUGGGUCGGAAACGCCAAUGAACUUAAUGCUGGAUAUGCUGCAGAUGGCUAUGCCAGGAUCAGAGGAGUGUCAGCGCUUGUCACUGCCUUUGGUGUCGGCGAGCUAUCAGCCAUUAACGCCAUUGCCGGAGCAUACAGUGAAAUGGCACCGGUCAUACACAUUGUAGGCACGGCCCCCACCAACGUGCAGGACAACCGCUUGUGCAUGCAUCAUUCGCUGGGAGAUGGCAACUUCAGAAUCUUUGCCGACAUGUACGCAAAGAUUACGGUGGCCCAGGCCAAUCUGAGAGACCCGGGUACUGCACCGGCGCAGAUAGAUCGGUGCAUUAGAGAAUGUGUCCUGCAAAGUCGACCAGUUUACCUCGAGUUACCAACCAACAUGGUGAAGGCCCAGGUACCGUCAGCGGCCCUCGAUGUGCCCAUUGACCUUUCAAUCUCGCCGAAUGACGAAGGCUUCGAAGACACCGAGGUCGAGCUCAUCCUCAAUAAAAUGUAUUCUUCCAAACAGCCUUUGAUCAUCGUGGAUGGGUGUACAUCAAGGUACGGUGUCAGUCAGGAAGCAGAUGAGCUCGUGCGAGUAACCGAGUUUCCAACUUCGACUACCCCUUUCGGCAAGGGCAUUGUCAACGAGACAUAUCCCAACUUCUAUGGAAUUUACGCUGGUAUUGCGGGCAAUGAGAUCUACAUGCCCUGGGCACGAGGCUGUGACUUGGUCAUCAAACUGGGACCCUUGGAGAGCGAUGUCAACACUUUUGGGUUCAGCACCAUCCCAGACCCGAAGUCGGCCAUCAUUUUCCACCGGGACUAUGUCGAGAUCGGUGGUACCAAAUAUAACAACCUUCACAUCAAAUCUCUCCUGCGAAAAAUCCUCUCAAAGCUGGAGAAGGACAAGCUCCCCAAGUAUCACCCGUCUAUGGACCUAGGGCAUCCACAGUUCCAGCUGAUGGCGCUCCCCGCAGCCGACGAGAACGAUACGAUUGAUCAGGCUACCUUCUGGCGGCGAAUCUCCAGCUUUUUCCGCUCUGGUGACAUCGUUAUGGUGGAGACCGGCACAGCGUCAGUAGGCUGCCGCGAUAUGGUGCUCCCCGCGCAUACCUCUCUCAUUAAUUCUUGUAUAUGGCUGUCGAUCGGCUACAUGCUGCCAGCAGCUCAAGGCGCCGCUCUGGCUCAGCGAGAACUGGUUGCAGAAGGUAAGCGCCGCAAAGGACGGACCAUUCUCAUCGAAGGCGAUGGCAGUCUGCAAAUGACGGCGCAGUCUAUCAGCGACAUGAUUCGGAACCGUAUUGAUGUGACCAUUUUCGUCAUCAAUAAUGACGGAUACGUGAUUGAGAGAUGGAUCCACGGCAUGAGGGCGGGCUACAAUGACAUUCAACCAUGGAGAUAUCUCGAAGCACCAUCGUAUUUUGGGGCGCCUAAGGACGACCCUGCAUAUCCUGUGAUGACCCGGCGAGCUGAAACCUGGGGUCAGUUGCAGGAGAUUUUGGCCGAGCCUGGACUUCAAGCAGGUAGAGGCCUCAACAUUGUCGAGGUGAUGAUGGACCGGGAAGAUGCUCCGGACGUGCUGAAAAAGCUAGUCCAGAGCACAUCGCGGAGAAACAGUGGCGAAGCCGAUCGUUCCCAGCCGCGCCAAACCAUGAGCCACGAGGAAAAGGUCAUGAAGGUUCCCGGAUGA